AAUUCUGAAGAAGAUACGCCACCACCAAAAAAUGAUAUAGACAUGCAGUUUAUUGAGGUUUAUUACCCAAAAAGAAGUUGAAGAUCGAACUAGGCUACCAGGCGAAGCGACAGUAGUGGUUUUUUAUGGACCGGUCUUGCUGCGUCACGUAUUACGGCUGAUAUAAGUCCAUUAGGAUUGAUUCCCCUCACUCCAGAUAUUUAGCGCAUGGGUUAAGUAGAAUGUGUGUAUUUCGGUGAAUUUAUGCUUUUUCCGGCGGAAAUUUUAUUAUGUACAAGCGUAUUAGAGUAUGAUUGCUGACGUAACUUGCGAUGGAAACGCCUUGUAUUUGCAGUGGUACCUGUUGGUUGGUUGCUAUCAAGUUAUCAGCCCAGUCUGUGCGUCGCGCGUAGCAGAUUGAAGAGCCUUGGUUGUGUAUUGCGAGCGCAGCUGAUUUGCUUGGCUAGAUUUCGCUAUUGCAGUUGAGUAUUGCUUCGGUUAUUUUCCUCGAGCAGGUAGCUGUGUUAAAGUGCACAGACGCUUUCCAGUUGUUUGCAUGUAUAAUUUAUUCUUUUUCAAACAUCUGUAGAGCUCGGUUACGUAACACAGCUUUUCUCAAUCUUUGUGUGAUACGCGUUUAAUUGGUAUUGGAGUGAUUAUGGCCAUUUUGGAGCCAUCCUCAUAUCGCAUGAAAAAUGGAAUUGCUGCCCAGAAACGUAUCGUUUUUGUUAAAUUGACCGAUUCUGCCUUUAAAGCUUUCGAGGAUUUGAGCAGCAGCAAGGACCGAAAUCAAGCCAGUAUCAGGAUCGCCGAAAAAGAAGGGUGCAUUCAGCUGCCGUCUGGUGAUGUCUUCAACUUCGCUAUCGCCGACAUCCCCAGCGAUGUGCCCAAAGGGAGUUUUGAAUGCAUCCAGAAAGUGCGUAAAGGGGAAAUCGAGCAUUUGGGUGAUAUUAAACAACGCAUCAAUAUCCACGCCACCGAGGAUUCUUUCAGUGCCACGAAGCAGAAGAUGACACAGGCAGAUGAAGAGAGCAAAAGACAAUGUGCCAAAGAGAUUGAGAGCACGCGCAAUGGUCCGAACAUGGGUAAUCGAGUGAAAGUAAAGCGCGCUGGUGAGCCCGCUUUUAGUCCCUCGAAGAAACCACGUCCCGACGUGUCGCCCGGUCAGCCGCCACUCUUUGGUGCCAGCACCAAGAAGCUCUCUGCCUCUCAGCCUGUGAUCAAACCCGCCACGGCCUAUCCCCAUAAGCCGGCUUUUGCUGCGUCAUCAUCCCCCGUAUCCAAUCCGGUACUCUCCCUCUCGCAGCCUUCCCGAGUGGGCUCAUCGACCUCACUGAACAACACGGCAUCUCCCUCGAAUCUUUCCACAUCGCCCCUGCCAUCCGCUCGCUCCCCAGCACCGCAGACAGUUUCUGUACGGCCACUUAAGGAGCGCGUUAUCCAUGCAUUGGCUUUAAAGCCCAUGUCGCGCGGUGAUCUGCUUCAGAAACUGCAAAAAUUUGGGGGAUUUCGUGAGGAAGAACGUGGGUUGCUGGACAGCAUUGCUGGAGAAGUGGCUAAUUUUAAGGAUGGAAAAUAUGACAUUUUAUCUUGGGUUUUAGUGGAGCAGGUGGACCCAAAGUGGCCACUGUACAACCCGUCGGAUGUGUUGGCCGUGCAGCGAAGAUUAUCUAUGAUGGAAAAUAAUCGUCCAGUAUCAGCGGCGCCUGCUGCCGCAGCUUCCACUGAAUCGUCUGUGAUGGAGAAAAAUGUGACAAAAACGACCGGAUUGAAUUUAUCUAUGUCGUCGAGUAACUUGAGUGCAUCGUCUGCUUCCGGUAAAGCGGUGAAAGAGAAUGGCGCCAGUGCGGGAAGUCUGCCAAAAAGCAAAUCUAACGACCGGUUGCCACGGGACGUUGCAAAAGCUUUCUUGGCGCAUCCUAAUGAUGAAGCGAUUUCGCCGCCUCCUAGCAGUUCCAGCACUUGUUCAACGCCCAGUCCACCGGAUCAUACGAAACUGAAAGAAAUCGGUAAUCGCAAUACGGACAAAAUUAAGAAGACGUCGGAUGAUUUGUUUGGAUCUCAAGAGGAUCAAAGUAGUGCGAUGGACGUUGAUGGCGGUGAUACGCUGCAACAGUCCAUGGAAGUUCGAUACGGUGAAGUGAAGUCUCCAGAACAGCGUCGGUCAUACAAAAAGGAUUUCUAUGCUAUCUACAAUGAAUACAAAGAACUGCAUGAGCAAAUGGCCCGCAUCAGCGGACGAUUUUCUGAUUUGGAAAUUACCUUGCGCAGUGCUAAGAAGGGCACCGCCGAGUACCGAACAAUUUGCCGGACUAUUCAGGACGAUUAUACUCGCCUCAAAGCUGACGAAGACUACAAGAAAAAGCGCAGAAGAUGGCAGUUUUUGAGUACAAAACUGUCCAUUAUCAAGCAACGCAUCAAAACUUAUGACGUUACGCAAGCAAAAGCAUAAUUUCAUUGACGCGUGAUAUUUUUGGCCAUUCCGCUGGAUAUGGAAAAGUUGUUUAGUGGCCUUACUUACCAUUGUCUUUUCCUGUCAUGCUUGCGCUGUGUCCAAACUGUUAUCCGGCUGAUCGAGUCCUUGAACGGGUGCUGACUAAGUGUUAUUCUCUGGGAUUCAGAGGAGGACACUGUCCACUUGUAUUUAUCUGCCAGAUAUUAUUCAAAAGAGUGCUUCCAGAUUUUUAAAUUUUAAUGAGUUUGAUUGGAAUCGCAUGACAGAGCGACAGGAGUCAUCGAUUAGUUUGAUACUGAACUGGAUUCGGUAGCAGCGAUGCUGUUUGUUUGAAGGGUUUCUGUUUGAUGGAAUUGCCAGUAUGCCAUGAAUGUGGGACAAUUGCCGCAAUUUGGUAUUUGUGACUGAUUGUUUGCCUCGGACAGUCCUACUGCAAAAUUAAAGCUCAUGAUUGCAAGUCACCUUAUACUUUUAAUUUCCCCGUUAUCCGUUUGUCUGGAUUUCGCUAUUUCAGGAGGUGAUUUAGCAUGCGCUGCUGGCGUCCCCGCUUUAAUGUUGAAAGAGUGCAUGUUUCUGUAUGCAACGGAACAGUGGAAUGCAUGGUUUCUGUCGGCGUUUUGAAGGGGAUUUCGCAUUGAACGAAACACUGCCAUAGUUUCUCGGCUACGGUACGAAAAAAUCCACCGUCAAAUCUCCUUCAGUGAUGAAUCUGUGAAUGCCAGGCCUACAAUAUGAAUCACUCGUACCGAGGUUCAUAUUAGUGGAGGCUUUUAAAUUUUAAAAAGAAAUUAGGAAGCUUUAAAAAUUCAGGACAAGGAUUGCGUGAUGUUUGUUCAUUCUGUUUUUGACUUAAUGCUCUAAUUUGAUAAUUGCAAAGCUUUUAGCUGUUCGUAGCGCCAGUUUGUGCAAAACACAUCCAGGUUCAAAUGUGAUCCCUAAUAUCAUUUCAAAUCGCUGUUAAGCAUCGGCAAAGAUUCGCUAUUUUGACAAUUUUAUGUAUAUUUGUUGCGUUUUAUAUUGGGAAUUUGGUUGGAAAAAAAUAAAUGCUGGUCAGAUUGCAUCAAA